CUCUAAUUUGUUCACUGCAAAAUGAACUACGGAUCUGACCAUCAUGCUUCUUCGUCCUACCGAAAGAUAUUUGGGGAUGCUCCUCGUUUCUCAGCAUCACCCUCUCGAAUGAGUGUUGCCUCUUCGCGCUGCAGUUCUUUCUCAUCUGGCGGACUCAGCAGGUCACUGUCCCUGUCCCGCAAAGCAUCAACCUCUGUGGGAUACAACCGAAGGUCUGGACCGUCUUCCUCUUUCUCGCCGGUCUCCAGCGACAGUUUGGACCUUACUCAGACCUCCGUUCUUAACAAUGAGUUUAAAGUCACCCGAACCAACGAGAAGGAACAGCUGCAGGGUCUCAACGAUCGCUUUGCCAUGUUUAUUGAAAAAGUACGAAGCCUCGAACAGCAGAACAAAGUUUUAGAAGUCGAGCUGGUAACUCUGCGUCAGAGGCAACAAGAGCCCUCCCGCAUAGCCGACAUAUACCAACAAGAGAUACGCGAGCUUCGCUUUCAGUUAGAGGAGAUAAGCAAUGAAAAGUCCCAUAUUCUCAUCGACAAGGAUAACAUCGAGGAAGAGCUCCAGAAGCUUGGCGCCAAAUUUGAUGAGGAGGUAAGAGUACGAGAGGAGGCCGAACAAAUCCUGAGGUCCUUCAAAAGAGACGUGGACGACGCUACUUUAGCUCGACUAGACCUGGAGCGGAAGGUUGAGUCCCUUCUAGACGAAAUAGCUUUCCUGAGAAAGGCUCACGACGAAGAAGUGUCCGAGCUGACCUGUAUGAUGCAAGCUGCCAAUGUGUCUGUGGAGGUAGAGCUGGCCAAACCCGACCUGACCUCGGCCCUGAAAGAGAUCCGCAAUCAGUACGAAGCUCUUGCGUCCAAAAACCAGCAGUCAGCGGAGGAGUGGUACAAAACCAAAUUUGCCAAUCUCAAUGAACAAGCCACAAGGAGCAACGAAGCUAUUCGCGCUAGCAGAGAAGAGACCAACGAGUUCAGAAGACAACUGCAGUCCAAGAGCAUUGAGAUGGAGACACUUAAAGGCACCAACGACUCUUUAGAACGACGCAUAAGAGAAAUUGAGGAUGAAAGCAAUUUGGAAAUUGCAGGCAUGCAGGAUACUAUAAACCAACUGGAUAGCGAACUACGCAACAUGAAGAUCCAAAUGACUCAGCACCUCAGAGAAUACCAGGAUCUGCUCAGUGUCAAAAUGGCUCUUGACAUUGAGAUAGCUGCCUACAGAAAACUAUUGGAGGUGGAGGAGACUCAUUUCAGUACAGGGACGUCCUUCACUGUUUCCAACCAUGGGACCAGUCACUAUGGUUACCAGCCACGACUGUCCAGCUCCUCCCAUAGUAAGACGGAAACCACCCAGAAGGAGACUUUCAAGGAGAUCACUGAGGAGAAAGUGGAGAAGCACGAUGAGGCUGAUAUCAACUCUAAUGGCUAGAGCCUUAGUGAUUAAGACAAGAGACUCUUAGAUGCAGAGCAAAUGUAAGUCUUCAUACAUCUCUGAAAAUUGUAUCUAGUUGUAUCAAACCGUCCAUUGUAUACAGAUACAUAGUAUGUCUCAUUUGUGUUAUUGUUGAUACAGUAUGUUGGGAAAUAUUUACACUGUAAAUAUAAUGGAGUAAGAUAAAAAAGUGUUUAAAAGAAAUGUAUUUUAACAAUUAAAAAAUAAAUUUAUUUUUGUGAAUUAGUAUGAAAUGUCUAUUUAAUUUCUUUUAUUUAGUCAUGACUGGAGCCCUUCUAUUAGAA